AUGAUGGAUGUUGAAGAAAAUGAAUAUAUUGAGUUUGCUGAGUUGGAGUUUGAUUCAAAAGAAGAUGUAGAAGAUCAUGCUAUCAUAUCUGGAAAGCAAUAUAAGAUCCUCAAUUCAAAGCUUAAUACGAUUAUUCAGUUCUUGAAUGACUCUUCUGCUUUUACAUUGUCUUAUAUGAGUAAAGAAGAUGUUUACUUUCUAUUGAAAGGUUUUCAUGAUCGCUUAUCGAAGUUUGAUAUUCCAUCAACAACUUCUCCUUCCCAGGAACAAAUGUCUUAUGUGGUUUCAUUAGUGGAAUCUUGUUUUAAAACUCAACUUGCUCCAAUCUUGGAUCUUGUUCUUCAAUUACCCACUAAUUUUCCACCCCUAUGA